AAGAAAGUCGUGAAAAACUGGCACAUUUUAGGCCUUCUCUUCCAUAGUCUGAUAAGUCAUCGUUGGGGGUAAGAGGAGGGUCUUGGGUGUGUCUUCCUGCUGACAGUAUAAAACCGCCAGUCCUCUUACCAGCAGAAUACAGAAGUUUGCUGAAAAGUCAUCCUUCCACGAUGAGUCUCUCUGCCAAAGACAAAGCUGCCGUCAGAGACCUUUGGUCCAAGGUCUCAGGAAAGGCUGAUGACAUUGGUAAUGAUGCUCUUUCUAGGAUGUUGGUGGUCUACCCCCAGACCAAAACCUAUUUCUCUCACUGGAAAGACCUGAGCCCCGGCUCUGCCCCAGUGAGGAAGCACGGGAAGACCGUGAUGGGCGGCGUUGCUGAGGCUGUCAGCAAAAUCGAUGACCUUACCUCUGGGCUCCUGAACCUCAGCGAGCUUCAUGCUUUCCAGCUGCGUGUUGACCCCGCCAAUUUCAAGAUUCUGUCCCACAACAUCCUCGUGGUUCUGGCUGCUAUGUUCCCCGACGAUUUCACCCCAGAGGCCCAUGUUGCUAUGGACAAGUUCCUCAGUGCUCUGGCUCUGGCUCUGGCCGAGAAGUACAGAUAGACAGUAUGCAUGUUAUUGUGAUGAAGUCGGACUGCGUCAGACCAGAUGAAUGCCUGUAUAAACAUUCUGUCUUAUGAUGCAAU